AUGCCCUCCUCGAUUGUUCUGCCAGCGUUCCAGGCUUCAACCAAAGUACAGAAAGUUGGACCAACAUUUACCGGCGAUGUAUUCCUCGAUCGAAUCUACAGCGGCGAUGGCCAGAAUAUAUCGAACGUGACUUUUACUCCUUGCGCCCGAACAUACUGGCACACACACGAACAUGGCCAGAUGAUCAAGGUCCUGGCCGGAUCCGGUCUGGUCUGCGAUAAGGGCGGCCAGCCUCGACGCAUCGAGGCUGGAGAUGUCGUUUGGGCGCAACCGGGAACUACUCACUGGCACGGAGCUGCGGAGGGGACCAUCAUGACACACUUGGUUGUUGCGAGUGGCCAAACCUUUUGGCACGAAGAGGUGACGGAAGAAGAAUUCAAAUCGGGGAGUGUGAGCAAGACACAGACAGAAAGUGGGAAGGACUGA